AUGAGUCUUUUUUAGUACAACAAAUGCAAUCAAAACAGAAAAAAAAACAUAUUACGCACAAACAAAUUAACUAAAUAACUAAAUAACCAAAUAGUUCUUAGUUCGAAUCGAAUUUCACUCGAAACUCGAAUUUUAUUUUUACUAUGAACAGUGAGUGAUUGAAAUGGCAUUGUCAAAUGUAUUAUUGUUGAGUCAGAUUGCUGGCCAUGUCGUUGUUUUGAUAUUGUCUUUGUGCAUUGUCGUUCCAAUGCUUUGCCAUGUCAGUGAUUUCAAUGACCAUUGUUUGCUCUUCACCACGGGCGAUUGGAACGAGGACACCGGACUUUUUGAUAUUCAAUGGAGUUCACAAUUUUACUGCAACUUCACUGUCAUCACUGGAUUUUUCCUUAUGUUUGUAUCAAGCAUCGAAAUCUAUAGAAUGACGCGAUUGCAGCUGAAAAAAAUUGAUUCAUCAUUUUUGGGGUUAUUUUUGGAUACGGUUCUUGGCUUUCUAUCGUGUCUGAUGACAUUCGGCUCAGCUAUUAUUAUCUCUCUUGGCUUUAUCACUUGGUGCUCACGAAUGACUCUCAGAUUCCCAUCAUGUGAAAGUGCAGCUGGACUAAACAUUACCAAAGAGCAAGAUCAUAUCCAUACAUCUGGAUUUCAUUUUGAAAUGGGUAUUGCACAGUUUGGUGCUUGGAGUUCGUUCGCUGCUUCAGUUGGCCUUACUGUGUUUGCACUUCUGAAAUUAGUCAGUGAUCAUCAAUUGCGCAAUAUGAAAGCCAGCAUGUAUUUGGAACGACAACGGCUUGUAAAUGAAGAUUCAUUCCGUGAUGAAGGAAUAAGUGAUGUGCCAAACGCUCAAAAUCUCCCACAAGAUUCUCCUUAAGUUUGUUUUCUGUAACCAAAAUGCUAUAGCAGCGAAUUAAUCUUGUUAUGAAAUUAACUUUUAAUCCAACAACACAAUUGAUUUCGACUCCCGCAUAAAAAUUCCAAGCAUUGAUCUUAGAAUUAAGCAUACAAUCUGGAAUGUGAUGUGGAAAUAUUGAGAAAAAAAAAAUCUUAAACAAAUCAAUUGGUUUAUUGUUAUAUUUAAUUCAAGCUUUAUAUUCCAACUUAUUUUACAAAAUUUCACUUAAGAAUAAAUAAUUCGAAACAAAAA